AAAGGAGAAGUCAGGAGUAGUGUCAAUAGGACUGUUCUAAUUGUGCGAGAAUGUGUUAAACACGUAUAAGAAGAUUUCGAAGUGCAAGAAAGUUCUUAGUGAGACCAAAACCUCUGAGUAAAGACCAUGCGCGGUAUUGAGAUAUGUUCAAUUUUUCUGGCCCUCCUGGACAUCGGGUCAACGUCGCGAUGUCCAGAACCGAAGAAACCGCAUCCAACGAGCUGCACAAUCUUUUACAAUUGCAUCAAUCUACCCGGCGGAGGAUACGUUUGGGCUCCGGCUAAGUGCACGAAUGGUUUGGUUUUUCAACCGUACCUAAGAAUGUGCGUCCUGCCGGGAGAUUCGUGGACUUGUGACAUCCUCUCUACGGAAUCACCGGAAACAACGACGCAACAAAUUCCCAACCUUAUUGACUCGACGCAGACGAGUUAUCUGGAGUAUGCCGAGGACGGUGUUUCGAAGUAUGGCGAGUCUCUCGACAAUACGGACAAAUACUCUGAGAAGGGUGACAGUGUCCAGCCAACGGUGACGCCCUACCCUCUGAUCGAAGCAACGCCACCGAAUACCUACUCGAACCAAAUCGACAGCACAAUUCAGAACAUCGGAUUGCCGAUAGCGAUAAAACACAGCGAGGACAACUACCUGUAUCACUUCGUAAACGGCCAGCAGGCCCUGGCUACACCUUCGAACGCAAAUGGCGGACAACUUCAGAAUCACUUGCAGCGUUUGACUCAAUUAAUCGAACGGUUGAUAGCCUAUCAAGCCGUGGGCGUUCCUCUGGACAGACAACCGGCAAUCGCGACGACUUCGGCUGUAAAAAGCACGAUUGCUAACCCGCCGGCACACUAUACCAGCAAUGGCUAUAAUACCAACGCCGAGAGAUUUCCGAAUAGCAAUCGAGACUCGGCUAUACUAAAUUUGUUGAUCAAGAAUUACAUCCUUAAAUCUCAAUUGCAGAACGAUAAAGCUGCCGGUCUACCAAGCGAUGCUGGAACGAAAGAGCCAGAGACAACGGACUUGCGUGAUCAGGAGGAAUCGACUACCGUUGAUUCCUUGGAUGUGGUGUUGAACGGACCUCAAGCUGCUGACAAUAUAGUCGUGGUUAGUGACAGUUUAGAAAAUCGACAGUACUUCACUAUAAGUAAAUACAAGCGUAUAGCUCAUAUGCUAACGACUGAGACUGUGGAAUUGAUUCCGUGCACGAGUGGCGUGAGAUUGCCAAAUUCUACCGAUUGCACCAAGUAUUACCGUUGUGACCCGGAUACUGCGAAAAUCCGUCAAUUCUCUUGUCCCAAAAAUACCGCUUUCAACCAGUACAAACGACUCUGCGAAACUAACGAAUACGCGUUGUGUCUGGGAGACUCUGGCAAGACGUCGCUCAGGAUAUCGGCUACUACUACGAGACCUAAGACUACGAACAGUCUGGAAAAAGUCUCGGAUGGGAAUCCGUGCCAGACGAUCGGAAAGCACGGGGAUCCGUCGUCCGAGAAUCAUUACUACCUCUGUUACUCUGACAAGAAGAAAUCAACGGACAUUGAAUACCGUCGGAUGGUGUGUCCCAAUAGUUUGAUAUUUUGUCAGCAGAAAAAUGUCUGUACGACUAGGAAACGAUGCGAGGCUAUUUAAUUGUCGUCACUUCCACUUACCU